AUGGCCAACGAUAGAAAUCAAAUAGUUUCUGUACGCCAACGGCAGUCCUCUCGUGGUUUGUUUUCUCCCGAGGUUGUUGACCUCGUGGUACCUCCAUUGAAAUUCGGUGGUUACGCUGGGACUGUAGGUGUUUUGGCAGGUGUUGGAGGCUCAAUCUUCCAAGAGGCAAAUCCAAUAAUCUGGGGGACAGUUUCUGGAUUCCAAUGGUUUACAUUGGGAACAAGCUUCUGGUUCACCAGGAGUAUUAUUGUUAGGGGAUGGGGCGGUGAAGAAAGACUCAAAAAUGGCGACAAGACAAUUGCCAGCGCAAUAGCUGGCACAGCAGCUGGUUCGGUGGGUGGCUUGAUCCGAGGGCCGAAAAACAUUCUCCCUGCUAUGUUUGUCUUCACGAUAGUGGGAGCUGGUGGCCAAAUGAUUGCAAACAGAAUGGCAACUCGAAAACCGAAGGUUCACGACGAGAAAGAAUCAUUUUGGAGCCGAUGGUCUCCCCUUAAGAAGCUUACGGAUCAGGAGUAUAGGGAUAUGAUGUCAGAAAAGAUGCUGAGGAUAGACGCUGAUAUUGCACUUAUUGAUGAUCGCAUCGCUGAAUUAAAAAAGCAGGCCGAAGAAGAGGAACUCAAAGGCUCAUCAACAUAA